UUCGUUGCGUACGCGCAUACAAACAUUCCCGGGCUUUCAAACUACGAACGUUAAUCCGACGUGCGUGCGUUUAACUUUUCAAUAUUUAUAAAUAUAAACAGUGAUCUCAAAGUGUUGCAAAAAAUCCUCGAGGAAUGAUAAAAAUAUUAUGACUAUGAAAUUAUAUAAACAAGUCAUGUUUUGUGUGUCUGUGUGAUCGGCAAAGGGAAUGGCGGGCACAAUGAGUCCGCCGCAGAAUUGGCACAAAUGGCUAGUGUUGUCGCUGCUCGGAUUGGCUUUGUCCGCUCGCACAAUUGGCUGCGAUUACGGCUCCAUCACCGAGAAAUUUGGAGCGGAAGCUGUGGCUCGGUGCAGUGAAAAAUGCCCUUUCCAGAACCGGACGGGUGAUGGUCAUUUUGACGUCAGUUGUGGAUCUGACUGCAGUGUCCAGCAAUGCAGACUUGGAUGUAAUCUUUGGUUACAAGGACUAGAAAAUUCUUGUCAAACUGUUUGCAAUGUAACAUCAGAAACUGUCAUCUCAAGAGAAUUGUACUGUGUCAUGGGAUGUAAUGAGGCGCUUAAUAUGUAUUUGCAAAAAGUUCGAGAUCUACUGGGCACGCCACCCGCGCCAGCGUUAGUGGCAGACAGCCUGACAGCCACGUCUCUGUCCCUUGUGUGGGACGCGCCGAAUCUCGGCAAUCUCAGCUACCUCGUGCAAUGGCGAUACGAAGAGCUGCCCGGCAGCUGGCAGUACUAUUCCAACUCCAGCCACUCCGACAAGUCGAUCAUUCACGUAGAAAACUUGAGACCGUAUACGAAAUAUAGAUUCCGAGUGGCAAUAUUCCUCUCCGGGCAUAGCGGUGGCGGUGAGCCGGUGUACUCGACACCGUCAGUGGUCAUAUCCACACUGGAAAGUGGAGAGCCCAGCUCUGCGCCCACCGCGCUGCGAGCCGCAGCGCCCGACCCCAGCCGUGUCGCCAUCUCGUGGGAACCCGGACCCUUUCCGAACGGACCUCUCAUUUCGUAUGUGCUGAGGCUAGCUGACACACAACCUAACACUAAUAAUGCCUUGGAGGAUAUGCCAGCAUCAAACAAUACGCUAUUCUAUAUGUUCCAAAAUUUGGCACCAGAGCGGGAAUAUGAAGUGUCAGUUGCAAUGCGAAAUGCUGUUGGGGAAGGCCCUAGAGCCAUCGUAAGAAUAAAAACUCCACCCUUACCUACAUCUGUUCCAAGUCAGCAGCCUGUAUUAAUUUUAGGAGGUGAACAUAAUAUUCUUGCCGCGCCCGCGAAUGACAUGUUAUCUGAUCCUAUAGAACUUUACAACACUGAACAUGAUAUUACUGGAGUUGGCCUCGACUUCUCCAGCGAUUCUUUAUUCGUAUCUGUUUCAAACGGAUACGUUUAUCGAAGUUCCCUCGCUAAAAAGAGUUCCUCUGAACCUAUUCUUACACCAGAACAUAUAUCGUACAAGCCGUUAGAUUUAUCCGUGGAUUGGCUCAAUAAGCAUCUUUACGUACUUGGUGAAGUUUAUUACACUAAAGAAGGCUCUGACUGGUCAAACACUAGUGUCUAUUCAAGUUGGGAAAUAUUACGUUGCGACUUCGAUGGAAAUAAUAAAAUUGUUGCUUUAUCAGGAUUUAAUUCGCGGCCCAUUCAUUUUGAAGUGGAUGCUUACAACGGGUACCUGUUUUGGGCAUUACGAGGAGUUGAACGAGGUGGUCUGUACAGAUUAGAUCUAGCGAACAUUUCUAAUGGUGUCAGACAUGAUGCUCCACCAGAACUUAUUGUUAGAGAUGCUCAUCUGGGGGCCUUCACAGUAGACCAUGCUGACUUCAGACUUCUUGUCGCACAUCUCAGGCAAAAUACAGUACUCGCAGUUUCUCUUGAUGGACGAGAAGUAUCAGACUUUCGAAGUAACACGCAGAAGCCAAUGUUUUUUUCGGCACGGUCUAUAGCUUACGCUAAUGGCCUUUUUUAUUGGACGAAUGGCCGUGAAAUGUUGACAGAAGAAUACCACAAGCAAAGCGACAGUUACUAUCAUAAUGAAUAUCCGCUAGCUUACAAUACAAAGACGCUUGCAACCAGACAAGUAUUGGUAGCGUUGAGAAGUUGUCAACCCAUACCAGUCCCUGUUAAUCCUCCUUUGGGCGUUCAAAGUAUUAUGGGAAUUGACCGAGCAAAAGUCUCGUGGUCCCGCCCACAUUUGCUUGGGCAUCAGGGAACAGGCGCUUGGCAGCAAUGGACAUUUCAAUUACAAGUAACAGAAGCGAUAACUGGGGCUAAUUUUAAAAUAGAAAACAUCGAAGAAUCGAUGUACGUCGUCGAAAAUAUUUUAUCAGACACCGAAUAUAUUUUCCGAGUAGCAGCGGUUACCGAAUCUGGAUCAGGACCGUGGUCUUCAGAAUUUAUUGGGAAAACGUUAACGUCUUCUCCUACUACUUUACAGAGUACUUUAUUGUGGUCAGGUCCUGAUGGUCUUUUACAAACUGAUUUGACGGGAGAUAACUUGCAGACUCUGAUCCACAGAACCUUUCUUAAAAAUGUGUAUAUUACGGACAUUUCUUGGUAUCGAGAUAAACUGUAUCUGGUCACUAACGCAUCGACUGUAAUGUGGUACAAUACUACUAGCCAUGAAACGGGUGUGAUGCCCAAUAUGGACAAUGUUGGGAGUUUAGCCGUAGACUGGGUUGGCAAAAAGAUUUAUUGGUCAAAUCCUAAACAACAAUUGAUAACCAGAGGAAAUUUUGAUGGCGGUAAUCGCGAGCCAGUUCCAAUAGUAACAGUUGCAAAAGAACUUACUAUAGAUUCAUUAGGAGCAUACAUAUACUGGAACACAGGUCAUGCAGUGGAAGCUUCUAGACUUAAUGGAGAGAAUAAAAUUAUUUACUAUCCCGCCCAGUUAUUUAGUGGAAAACAAGUGAUGGGCCUUACAGCAGACUUGGAAAAUAAAUGGUUAUAUUGGUUAGUUAGGAGCUAUGAUGGAUCUGAAUUACAUCGAGCACCAACAGCGGACCAAAUAUCAGCUGGUGUUAAUGAGGUAUCUGGAUCUUUGGUGACACGUUUAUCAGGAACGGCCACUCUUGGACCACUGUGCUACUUUAGUGGAAGGCUCGUCUGGGUUCAAGAUUCUUCAAGAGCAGUAGUGUCAGACUUGGCUGGAAAAUAUACUGCAGAACUUUUACCGCGCGUUCAUGUUAUUGCUGUGAGGGAUCCUACACUGCACAAAGAUAGUGAAUCUAUCAUUGCUAUACCGGAAACAAUAAACGCAUCGACAAUUUCGGUGGAAGGAGAAUGGGACAAGUUUAAUGUGACCUGGGCGCCAGCUGCCCGGGUCAACCUGAACACCAGCAGAGUAUACUAUGACGUCAGCUUGCAAUUUGAAGGACAGCACAAAAUUGAGAGAACGGUCGACGUAGCGUGGGUGGAAGUGUCAUCGCGCUCGGUGGCACCGUACAGCAGUAUGGAAGUGACGGUGCGCGCGCACACGCAGUGGGGCGGAGGCGCCAUCGCACGCGCUUCGCUCAGAACCCCACAAGACGCGCCCGCAGCACCGCGAGCGCCUCGUGUCUACGUACAACCUGCGCACAGCGGCGGCCCACUAACUGCCACGUUCAGGUGGGAAGCGCCCAGUAGAAGUAAUGGAGUAGUGCGUGGAUACGAGGCGCAGUGCUGGGCGGUGGGCGUGCGGUCUGCGCCAGUCAAGCCGUCAGCCUGCGCUGAGGCGCGUCUGUCACCACUGCACACACAGCUCAUGCUGAGGGAUCUUGCACCCGCUUCCACAUACUUCUUUCAGGUUCGAGCAUUUACGGAUGCUGGAUAUGGACAAUAUUCCAAACUCGUUUCUGCGUUAUCAGAUGAAAUUAAUCCCAUACCCAAAGUAAUAAUAUCAUCACAAGAAUCAAUUAAAAUCGUCGAUUUAGACUCCGGAGAAAGUGAACUUAUACCGAAGAGUAAUGGAAUACCUAUCGAUUUCGUUGUUAGCAUCGAAGAAAAUAUUGCUUACUGGGCUAAUAAUUUGGAAGAAAUAUUCUCGUCCCGAAUCAAUGGCAGUGGGAACUUUAAGCUGACAUCAAUCAAUGGAACUGCAACUAGCAUUUGCGUGGAUUGGGUUAGUCGAUCGGUAUAUUGGGCACAAAUAGAAAUAACAUCAACGGAGUUUUAUGUGAUGUAUCGAGCUGACUUAGGCAUUCCCAACACUAGACCACAUAUCACUCGUGUCUUAGUAAGGAAACAACCAAUUCACAGUUUGCAAAUUGCUCCAAUGCUGCGGUCUUUAUAUUGGUACGAAGAAAGUAAUCAUAAAGGACUAGGAACAUUAAUGACUGCAUAUGUGGACGGAAGCAAUAUCAGACCAUUUUUUAACAAUUCUGAGGAAGAUAUUUCCAUGUCGGAUUUUUUAGAUGAAUGCAAUUGUCCUCAAAAUCCACAAGUGACCAAAAGUUUCGUGCUUGAUAUGACGAACAAUAACGUCGAUCUGUAUUGGGUAGAUCCAUGGGCGAAUCAUAUCGUGGGCUCCGAUAUGAAUGGAUGUGUCUGUAAAGUCAUAGUUAACGCCACAGAAAAAAGGAAGUACGGGUUUCCCCCGAUGUCAAUAACGGUAGAUAGCAAAUACAUCUACUGGUACAACUCGACAGAAAAAAUAAUAUUUUAUACAAACAAAGUCAAAAAGGACAAAAUAGAACAAGUAAAGUCUUCCUUUGGGUACAAGAUUAUGGCUCUUGAUCCAGAAAAUCAACCUUACCCUCCAAGACGCUGUUUACUUCCUAGUUCACAAAGAUUGGUGCCUCAUGUAUUGUCUCACUCAGCAAACAGCGUAACUUUAAAAUUGCCUUUAGUAGGCAAACCAUUCGAAUGUGAGAAGCAGCAAUAUGAAAUGGCCGCCGCUGAAUACACCAUUUUUUAUCGUUUACAUAUGAAAAAUGAUUCAACAGUUUGUGAUAAGGAAUCAUGUCCUUACAUUACGACUACUAAUACCGUCGUAGCAUUGAAUGAACUGAAGCCUUUUACAAAUUAUACUGUGAUGCUCGAAGUCACCAAUUACUAUGCCAAACUUCAUGAGAUAAAACCGAUUCUCGGAGAACCUUUCAUUAUACAAACUGCAGCUGAAGCUCCUACAGCCCCAAAGGAUGUAACUGUUAUCGUUUUAAGCCCAGUGCUAGCACAAGUUGAGUGGACUCCAGAUCCUGGUCUUUAUUACGAACUGCAUUGGAGUACAGAUAAUUCAUUGUCAGUUGCACAGAAAAUAAAAGAACACAACACAGUGUUGGUGCCCGGAGGGCGGCGGGCGAACAUGACGCGCUUGUCGCCAGCCACGGCGUACACGGUGUGGGUGCGUGCGCGCUCGCGGCACAGCGCGGUGGGCGCGGACUCGGCGCCGCAGCGCCUGCGCACGUUCCCGCCGCCCGCGCCGCUCGCGCUGCGUGACGCCACCGCCUACACGCUCUCCGUCAUCUGGCCGCCGCCUACUUCUUACAAGCUUCAUAAGUACGCAGUGGAAUACACAGAGUUGUCAAGUGCAGCUGACGAGUGGACGGCGUGCGAGCAAAGCGACAGUGCAGAGUGGCUAGCGAGCGGGCUGCGUCCGCGCACGCGGUACCGCUUCCGCGUGCAUCUGCAGUACGUCGAGCACGCGCCGCCCUACUACUGGCCCCAUGACGACCGAUUUACCUAUGAAACCUUAGGUGACGUGCCGGGCCCGCCGGGCGCGCUGCACGUGGAGGCGGUGGGCGAGCGCAUGAUGCGCGCGCGCUGGAGCGAGCCUGAGGCCCGCGGCGCGCCCAUCGAGGCCUAUCGGGUCUGGGGCCGACCGCAUCACAGAAUUAAUUAUGUGGACGAAAAUAUGACCAAGAAUAUAAGUGAGAUGCUGCCAGCUAACCUGCCCAGUGACAUCGAUGACGAAAUGAAAUUACGCAUUGUUCGCGAAGGACUCGAGCUACUUUAUAGUGGAAAUGAGACGUACUGGCUGAUCAGCGAAGGCGCGGUGUCGGAGGGCUACGUGGCGCGCGUGCAGGCGCGCAACAGCUACGGGUGGGGCCCACUGUCCGCCGCCGGCGUGCUGCACGCGCCCGCGCACGCCGCCAAGCCGCACCCCGCCGCGCUGGCCGUGGCCGUGGCUGCGCUGGCGAUGCUCGUGCUAGGCGUGGCCGCCGCCGUGUUCUACAUUCCAGCAUAUAACAAUCGGAGUAAAAAAAAAGCAGCCAUUGAAAAUCAACUAACCGCCAACAUUGUGCGCCGCGGACCCGAUGUAGAGCUAGCCACCCUGCGACAACUGCCGAUUAGACAUUCCACUAAUAUUUUAUACAAUCAGGGAGUGCACUGUCCGUCGGACGCGGAGCUGGCCAGCUUGCCGCACAUCCGGCGCGAGCAGAUCACGCUCACCAAGUUCCUGGGCUCCGGCGCCUUCGGCGAGGUGUUCGAGGGCGUCGCGCGCCAGCUCGGCGGCGCCAACGCCGACACUAAAGUUGCAGUUAAGACGUUACGCAAAGGAGCAACGGAGCAAGAAAAGACUGAAUUCUUGAAGGAGGCGGCGCUGAUGUCCAACUUCAAGCACGAGCACAUCCUGCGCCUGCUGGGCGUGUGCCUCGACAACGACCCCAACUACAUCAUCAUGGAGCUCAUGGAGGCCGGCGACUUGCUCAGCUACCUGCGCGCCAAGCGAGCUUCGCUGUAUACUCCAGAAUCUCUGACCCUGCUAGACUUACUGAACAUGUGCGUGGACGUAACGAAGGGAUGCCGCUACUUGGAAGAAAUGCAUUUCGUGCACAGAGACCUGGCGUGCCGGAACUGCCUGGUGGCGCAGCGGGCGAACGGCAGAGUCGUCAAGAUUGGCGACUUUGGUCUCGCGAGAGAUAUCUAUAAAAACGACUAUUACAGAAAGGAAGGAGAAGGUUUACUGCCAGUGCGGUGGAUGGCAGUGGAAUGCCUCGUGGACGGAGUAUUUUCUUGUCAGUCGGACGUUUGGGCCUGGGGCGUCCUAUGUUGGGAGGUGCUGUCCCUGGGCCAGCAGCCGUACCCCGCGCGCACCAACCGCCAGGUGCUGUCGCUGGUGCGCGCGGGCGGCACGCCUGACCGCCCGCCCAAUUGCCCUUCCGCUUUCUACGAGCUUCUACAGAAGUGCUGGAGCUACUCGGCCGAGGCGCGGCCGUCGUUCCGGUACUGCCUCGAGGUGGUUACGGCGCUGCGCGACAAAACCUCGCCCAACAUCACGCUCACCGCCACCGCCGAGCCCGCGCCGCACUAUCUCACACUGCUCGGAGAUGACGCCGUCGCCAACCGCAGCUACCUGCUGGACGAGAACGACAACACGUUGGACGAAGAGUUCCCAGAACACGAGAUGGAGCCGUCGCACCUGCUGCCGCAGCGGGCGCCCAAGUAUUUGGAGCUCAUGUACGACAGCGACUCGCCCGCGAACACCGUCUGCGACGGCUACGAGAUCCCGCGGACACCGUUCAAUUACGCCCCGUUUUCGAGACACAGCAUCGUCGGCGUGGCGCCCAAUAGACUCAUCAAGCCGCCGCUGUACCGGAGCCACUCGCUGCGGACGAGCGCGCGGCCGGCCAACGCCACCAUCGUUCCGCUGCGGAACGGCAUCGUGAAGCGAGCCUCGCUGUGCGGCGCGCAGCGCGCCUUCCUCGAGCCUCGCGCCGGCCCCUCGGCCGCGCGCAAGCGUUCCGAUAUACACUUCGAUAAACACAUCUUUAAGACUCCAUUUUAAACUGUGAUAUUAGAAAAUUCCACCGACAGACUAUCCUUGUAAUUUUAAAAUAUUUAAUUAUUUAUUUAAUAGUAAUCGUUAAUGUAAAUAUGAGGACCGAUUCGAUGUAAAUAUUAGUGUUAGCCACUGUGGGUAUUGUAUUGUUGAGGAAUGCGUGUAAGCAAUUGGGUACAAAAUGAAACUAUGAUGUCAUAAUAGUUAUGCAUUUAUUAUAUGUUCUAGAACUUAUUUAAGUAAAAAUAUGUGUGGUUUUUCUAUGACCGAUUGUAAUUAAAACCAAAAACAUACAUAUCA